CACCCCCUCAUGAUUAAAAAAAAAAAAAAAAAACAAAAAAAAAAAUAACCGCAUUUUAGAUUUGCCGCAAACACGAGCGGAAUUCUUUCUGACCAUGAGCACGCCGGCAAAAAACAACGGAACUGGCUUAGAGGACGUGAAUAUACCCGGUCAGGCGUACCUGCGCGAGGCCCUCACCUCCUGCACGGACCCCCUGAAGGCCAUCGAGAGUUUCCAGUUGGAGAACGGAGUGCUGCUGCCCUCACUGCGACCUAUGCUACCGCUCCUCGACCUGCACGGCGUGCGGCGGCUGGACUUCCAUACGUCACUGAUGGAGGAGCUGCGGGACAAGCUGAUCGCCCACAUAAACGACCUGGGCCAAAAGGAGGCUCGCGAGCGCGACAAGAAGCUGAAGGAGUUGCUAGCGAAGAGCUUCCCGGUGGUCCGGGUCAAGUCCCUGCGACCAGUGGUAAUGGCCAUACUGCGAAACACCCAGCACAUCGACGACAAAUACCUGAAAAUCCUUGUCCGGGACCGCGAGCUGUACGCCGACACGGACACGGAGGUGAAGCGGCAGAUUUGGCGCGACAACCAGAGCCUGUUCGGCGACGAGGUGUCUCCACUGCUGUCCCAGUACAUUCGGGAGAAGGAGCACAUUCUGUUCGACCACACCAACCUUAACAACCUGUUCUUCCAACCAACGCCGAAGGUGCGCCGGCAGGGCGAGGUGGUCCAGAAGCUGGCCAACAUGAUCGGGACGAGCGUGAAGCUGUACGACAUGGUGCUGCAGUUCCUCCGCACUCUCUUCCUGCGCACCCGCAACGUCCACUACUGCACGCUGCGCGCCGAGCUGCUGAUGGCCCUACACGAUCUGGAGGUGCAGGAGAUCAUCUCGAUCGACCCCUGCCACAAGUUCACCUGGUGCCUGGAUGCCUGCAUCCGCGAGAAGAACGUAGACAUCAAGCGGUCCCGGGAGCUGCAGGGCUUCCUCGACAACAUCAAGCGCGGCCAGGAGCAGGUGCUGGGGGAUCUCUCCAUGACCCUUUGCGACCCCUACGCCAUCAACUUCCUGGCCACAUCGGCCAUCAAGAUCCUGCACCACCUGAUCAACAACGAGGGCAUGCCGCGCGACAACCAGAUCCUCAUCCUCCUGCUGAGGAUGCUGGCCCUGGGGCUGAGUGCUUGGGUGAUGAUCGACUCGCAGGACUUCAAGGAGCCAAAGCUGGACUGCCAGGUGGUGACCAAGUUCCUGCCCGCCCUCAUGUCGCUGAUAGUGGACGACCAGUGCCGCAGUCUGCACGGCAAGCUGCCGCCGGACGAGCGGGAGUCCGCUUUGACCACCAUCGAGCACUCGGGACCGGCCCCGGACGCCGUGGAGGCCUACAUCCGGGAGAGCUCCGUUGCCAGCAUCCUGGCCAUGUACUACACGCUGCACACCGCCCGGCUCAAGGAUCGCGUGGGCGUGCUCCGCGUUCUGGCCAUUCUCUCCGCCUGCAAGGACGACCGUGCCUACGAAGAUCCCUUCCUGCACUCGCUGAUCGCCCUGCUCAUUCCUAUGAGCGAGGAGUUCUCCACGGAGGACUUCUGCACGACCCUCUUCGACGAGUUCAUCUUCGCCGGCCUGACUCGGGAGAACGUGACCUCGCGACACAUGCUGAAGCUGCUCUGGUACGUACACAACAAGCUCCCGGCCGGACGGCUGGCCACCCUGAUGAAGGCCAUGCAGCCGACCACCGCGCACAACGAGCACAUCCACAAGCUGUACGAGACGCUGCAGGAGCGGAUCGGGGCCGGGCAGGCGGAGACGCCCGUAAUCGAGGCGCCUCCCAUGGAGUUCGACUCGCCGCUGAAGAGCGUGCCAACGCCAGGUCCGCACUAUAACGCCCAAUAGCCAGAGGCGCCGGCGGCCGCUGUCCCGCCUCAGGCACCGGCUAUAGCGCCAGCUAUAGCUCCAGCGGCCGUCGUCGGAUGAUGGAUACUGACCUCCAGACCAUUACCAGUACCGAUACCGAUACCGAUGACCCAACCCAUACCACUACCAAUGCCAAUACCGAUACCCAUACACGUACCGAUUACGAUCGAAUCAUGACGUGACGGUUAGGAGAUUGGGACAGAGACCCGGGUGGGGACGAGGAUGCGUCUUCGUCCGCGCCGCGGAGCUAGCUUUCGCUUGUAGCCCUCAUGCGCUCAGGAUAAGAGUAUAUUUUGUUUAGAGUAGGCUUAACGUUUUCCCGCAUAUCGCGCGUACCGCCCGGGAGUUUAUACACAUUAUAUAGAGGAUACAUAUUUACAUAUGUAUGUACGGUAGCCAGUAAAGGAUAUAGCAAUUGUUACGCCCGUGUAACUACCGGAUCUAGUACACAGUAUAGAGUACAAAUCUAAAGUUUUCGUUUGUGGGCUUUACCAGAUUGUUUCAUACUAUGUAUUUUAAAGGCUAUUUUACACAUUUUUCGCAAAAUUAGGCAAUAUUUUAGGUCUUUUACGUACUUUAGUUCUUGACUGAUUUAACUGAUUAUACAUAAUAUUAGUAUUACCCAACUGCUUAUAGUUUCGGAGCUUCUGUCAUCCGCCGAUCGUGAAUCCCAUGCAAUAGUCUACACCUAAAUGUCCUACUAGAUUCAAAAUCCUAAUUGUGUUUAACUUUUAGCUGCUUUUACUUUUUACUUAUUACUUUUUACUUGGAUUGUAUAAUUGAUUUUAAAUAAUAUUAUAAAAAAAUAUAAAAUUUAAAGCCUA